CAUCAGAGAGUAGUACUGAGUUUUUUUUCCUCCCAGAUUGGAAACGAAUAAGGUUAGGAACAUAACAUUGAGUGAACUUUUCCCUGAGAAGGAUGAGUAAAAGCACAGUGACACGUCUGGUCUUGCUGGCUUACAUCAUGUGUCUGACUCUGGGUGGUUCUGAAGAUUCUGUGGUGGACAUAUACACUGAACUGAAGGAGCUCAAGUAUUUGGUGGGAGAGCUGAGCAGUAGGCUGAAUACGGCCGAGGCAGCCGUGACUGUGCAAAGGGCUCUGGUGGAGGACCUAAAGAAGGAGUACAAAGAGCGCCCCAAGGUGGCCUUCUCGGCAUCCUUGCUGUCCUCAGAAAGUAAACAGCAUGGACCCAUCAACGCUGAGACUAAACUUGUUUUCGGGAAAGUCCUCACCAACAUUGGCAAUGCAUACAACUCAACCACAGGACUCUUCACAGCACCAGUGAGAGGGGUGUAUUACUUCCGUUUUUCUGGAAAUGGCUAUGCGGGCCAUGACAUGGGUCUGAGCAUAUUCAAGGGUGACCAACGGAUGAUGUCUGUGUACGAAUACCACUCCAGUGGAGAAUCUAACGACAACGCUUCAAAUGGAGUCACGCUGCAGUUGGACCAGGGGGAAGUGGUCUACAUGAAACUUUGGAUCAAUUCAUGGGUCUUCCUAGAUGGCCGUUAUGAUUAUUGCUCCUUUAGCGGCUUUCUGUUGUUUCCUAUGUGAAACUAUUUUUGAAAUCUUUUUUUUUUUUUUUGCUGUUGUAAGAUAAAAUUGUGAAACC